AUUUCGUUCGGCAACUUAGCGCGGGAAAAGUAUUUCAUAACUUUCCAUCGCGUAUCUAUAAUUAAUACGCAUUCACUAUUACGAAUUUGCUAUUAGGAUCAAUAUUUCCAUAAAUCUUACAAUUUCGAAAAAGCUUUCCAAUGUUUUCCAAAUGUUUACGUAUGAAUUACAUAUUAACCCAUUAUGGACUAACCUGUCCAUCUAUAAAAUAUCAAUUUGUCAAUUGUUUAUUCGUAACAAAACGACGAUACUCAAUUCCAUCAUCGUCAUUAGGUCAAUCAAAAGAAAAAACUAUGCGCUUGGUACGAUUGUUGUCAGGAUAUGAUAUGCCUACUGUGGGCUUGGGUACAUGGCAGGCUAAACCUGAAGAAAUAGAAACUGUUGUGACAGCUGCUUUGAACAUUGGUUACAGACAUAUCGAUACAGCAUUUAAUUAUAAUAAUGAAGAAGCAAUUGGGGCAGUUUUAAAGAAAUGGUUUGCAGAAGGUGGAAAACGUGAAGAUCUUUUUAUUACUACAAAGUUACCCCAUUAUGGUAAUCGUCCAUCAGAUGUGGAAAAGUAUAUCAAGUUAUCAUUAAAUAAACUUGGUUUGGAUUAUUUGGAUAUGUACUUAAUUCAUAUGCCCUUUGCUUUUAAACUGAAUGAAUCUGCUUGUGCUCCAGCAACACACGAAGAUGGAAGUUAUGUAUUAGAUCUUGAUACAGAUCCUGUUUCAGUGUGGAAGGAAAUGGAGGAGCAAGUAAGAAAAGGUCGUACAAAAUCCAUAGGCUUAAGUAAUUUUAACGAGGAACAAGUGAUAAAGAUAUGGGAAAAUGCCCAAAUUAAGCCAAGUAACUUACAAGUGGAGUUACACGCGUAUCUACAACAAAAUUCACUCCGAGAAUUAUGUCAGGUGCACAAUAUCGUUGUAACAGCUUACAGCCCUCUUGGAUCACCAGGAGCUAAAGUGCACUUCAAAACGAAAUACCAUGUUGAUUUAGAAAAAUUUCCAGAUAUUUUAGGGCAUCCAAUAGUACAACAAAUAAGCACAGAAUACGAAAAGUCUACAGCACAAAUCUUACUACGAUACUUAUUACAAUUGGGCGUUGCUGUAAUUCCGAAAAGCUCAUCUCCCGAAAGGAUUAAGGCAAAUAUUGACGUAUUUGAUUUUGCAUUAAUGGAAGAAGAUAUGGCACGUUUAAAAACUCUAGAUAAGGGUGCAAGUGGAAGAAUCUUUAACUUCCUAUUUUUUAAAGGAGUCGAAAAUCAUCCGCAUUAUCCAUUUAAGGACGAAUUAGUAUCGUAACUGAAACAAUUAUCGAUAUAUAGUUUGUGUUCUUGUAUAUUUAUACAUUGGAAAUUUAUGACAUACACCACGCGUAAAUGCACAAUAUCAUAAUAAUAAAAUGAAAAAUACAUAGUACAUUAAAUAGAAAAAAAA